AGAGGGCCGGUCCAUUAUUGUACGAAGGAGGGACUGUGCUCUUCUGGAUCUAACUCAGUGAAAGUGAAACAGUGUUGUUAGUGUGUUGGAGGACGGUACAACAACCGUCUUACAGCCUAAAGUCAGAAGGCAAAAGCGUCGGAAGAAUCUUGAGCAGAACCAAAGCCUAGACCAACGUUUUCAAGGUCCAGCUCUCCAUGGAGAAGGAGGAUGUCCUCUAGAGUAAGGUCUUGCACUUACUGCUUUACGUUCCACACUCGAGGUCUUACGUGACCACCAAUGAAAAUGCUACAGGAGAGGCGAGCGCUGGCUGGACUGGUGGUUGCCUCCACUCUCAUAUCCUGCUUUGUAGCGGGACCCACAUCGCGGAUCAUCAUGGGUCAUCCACUCAAUAAACGUUCUUUUUUCGACAUACGAUGCAAAGGGGUCUACGAUAAAAGUAUAUUCGCAAGGCUGGAUAGGAUCUGCGAGGACUGCUACAACCUAUUCAGGGCGCCGCAGUUGCAUUCCUUAUGCAGGAAAAACUGCUUCACCUCCGUUUACUUCAAAGGAUGCAUUGAAGUAUUACUUCUUCAGGACGAAAUGGAAAAUAUCCAGUCUUGGAUAAAGCAAUUGCAUGGUGCUGAACCUGAUCUUUAGGGAAAAAUGUUUCUAUAACAAAUAUUUUCAAGGAUGUUUGGAUGCACUUACGUUACGAGAAAAUGAAAAGGUUAUUAAUGAAAUGGUAGAGUAUUUGGGAUAGAUUAAAAAAAAUAUUGAUUGUCCCAUUUAUCUCGACCGACACCACCACAAUCUAGUCUAUAUUAGAUACAUGGAGCCAAAAAUCUCCAUAGUACAACCAGUUAAAUUGAAUUUUAAUUUAUUUAUUUAUAUAUUUAAGGAUUAAGAAAUAUGUAAAGUGUGUAAACUAUGAUUGUUAUUUUUUCACGCUUUUAGGUUUUUUUAUUUUAUAAAUACUCUAUUUGUGAUUUGUGAGCAUGGAUGGUGAACGAAAUAUGGUUUACAGUGUGAACAUAAAUAACCUUGAUUCAAUUAUUUUUAUUGAAUACUUUGAGUUACCGACAUAUUUUUUUUUUUUUUUUAGAUUUUCUUUUUAUUUAAUAGUUCAGUAUUUUCCAUCAUUAAGAAAAUUGAAGAUUGUUUGUUGUUAUUCUAACACAGUGAAAAUUUUUAUGUGCCGUAACUGCACAAAAACUAAAUGUAAAUUUUGUUUUGAUUAUAGAGUUUAACAAAGAACUACACUGCUAGUAUUUUUUACAGAGUAUACGACGAUUAUUGUUAGUUUAUCUCAUAUAAUCAAAUUCACUAAUGAAGUUUUAGUUUUGCCAAUUGAAACUUUAACUAAGCCAAAACUUAUAAAAUCUUACGGAUUCUUAUUAUAUCUGCAUAUAAAUAAGACAUAACAUGGUAGGACUUUGUAAUAUUUUUAGACAGGAAAACAUUGAUUUUUUUAUUUAAAAAAAAAACAUAUUGUUAUUUAAGUUAUCGCAUGUAUAAUAAUCAAACUAAUUUCCAAAAUGUACUUUUUUAAUGAAAUGUGUGCCAAAUUAAAAAUUAGCCAUGCAUUGUUUAAUUAAAGAAUGGUCAUAAUUUAAUUGUUGUUUUAGUUUAUGAAAUGUAUUUAAAUAACCAUGGUGAAAUCUCUAUGAAUUGUACGAAUACAUGAAAUGCCUUGCCUUUCAAUCUGAUUUGAUACAAUACUUUUAGGAUUAGCAGAACUUUUUUUUAAAAUAAUUUAUUUGUGUACUUUUAUCUUUUUUAACUUGCGUCAUAAAUAACAACAAAAAUCAAGUUGUAAUUUUUUUUUCAACCAAGUGGGAUGUUCUGUUAAUAGAGUAUUGUCUUCAAUAAAUUCCCGGUGAAAAAAAUUUAAACUAUAUUAUAUGUAUAUGGACAAAAAGUUUAAAAAUAAAAAAUGAAACAAUA